AUGGUCCAGACACGAAAGCUGGUCACGGUGUAUGGAGCCACCGGUAACCAAGGCCGGUCGGUGGUGAGAUCUUUGCUCCGCGCUCCAGAUUCCUUUGAAGUGCGGGCAAUCACUCGAAAUCCCAACUCCGUUGCAGCACAGGAACUCUCUACUUUGGGAGCUAGUCUUGUCCAGGCGGAUGGGUCCCAGAGUAACCAGAUGACCGAGGCUUUUCACGGAUCGUGGGCGGUUUUCCUAAAUAUCAAUUCGGACGACCCGGUCUUUUGGGAUCCUAGCGGUCCCACCGAGUUUGAUUACGGCAAAAGAAUCAUAGACAGUGCCAUCAUGGCUGGUGUGAGGACUUUGAUCUACAGCACCGGAGCGGCCUGUACAGAGCUAACCAAGGGCACGGUUUCUCUCCGACAUCUUGACACGAAGAACCAGAUUGAGAUGUAUGCUCGCUCCAUGGGGGCCUUUGAAAAUCUUGUUCCCAUCAUCCCGGGAUACUUUCUAGAGAAUUUCCUUUUCAAGCAGGGCGCAUCCAUCAUGGGGGGGUUCCCAUGGGAGACCGAUGUGGAGGGAUAUUUGACAUGGAAGGUACCGUACUGGGGUGGUGAUGAGCGAAUCCCCUUCCUCAGCGUUGCGGAUGACUUCGGCGAUAUUGUUCACGGCAUCCUCAUCUCCCCGUCAGAGUAUCAUCUUCAGGUAGUGCAAGCUAUGAGCGAGAUCACGAAUUACCAGAAAAUGACAGAGGCGUUCGCACAAGUGACUGGUAAGAAAACACGGUUCCAGCCGGUACUACCAACCUGGAAAGCGUUUGAUGCCUCGGGAAACCACGGAUUUGAGGAUGUGAAAUCCAUGUUCGGAUUUACUCAAGAGACCCAAGGGCACUACUUUGGUCGAGAAGCUACAGAUGAUCAGGUUUCCAAAAAUCUCAAAGUGAGGGCUGUUUGGAAUUAUAAAGAAUCGCAGCAAUCGUUCUCUUUGAAGACCGUUCGCGCUUGGUUUGCACGAGAGUUUGCUGCGUGA